GAACAGCGGCCCCCCUCCGUGCCCCCCCCCGGGUUCGCCACCCAUGGCGUCGCUCUGGAACGCGAUCCGCUCGGAGGUCCAGGCCUCGGUCGAUGAGUUCCGCGAGAAGGGUGUAGUUGGCGCCUUCCGCGAUGCCGCCCUGGACGCGGUGGACCUCGCGAAGAGCGGCGGCGAGCUGCUGAUGGACGGGGUGCACAGCCUCACCGGCGACGACGAGUAUCCCCCGAUUUUGCGCGCAGAAGGCAUCCCCGCGAAGGGCGCCAUCGCCACGCUCGAGCUCGCAUCGGGGAAGGUGGCCCAGGCGCUCGUCGUCGACGUGGACGCCGUGUCCGACCCGCCCCGUGCGCAGGU